GGAAGUAGGUGUUUCUUCAGUCAGCUGAUCUCGGUAUAAGACGAGUGCCCGGUUCUCUGUAUCCUUGUACAUCUCUGUAUCCUCGUACAUCUCUGAUCCUUCAUCUGUUCACCAUGGCGCUCAGCGAUGCCGACGUCCAGAAGCAGAUCAAGCACAUGAUGGCUUUCAUUGAGCAGGAGGCCAAUGAAAAGGCAGAAGAGAUUGAUGCCAAGGCAGAGGAGGAGUUUAACAUUGAAAAGGGUCGUCUUGUGCAAACGCAGAGGUUAAAGAUCAUGGAGUAUUAUGAGAAGAAGGAGAAGCAGAUUGAGCAGCAGAAAAAAAUUCAGAUGUCCAAUCUGCUGAACCAAGCCCGAUUGAAGGUUCUAAAAGCUCGCGAUGACCUGAUCAGUGAUCUCCUUCAUGAGGCGAAGCAGCGGCUGGCACGAGUGGUGAAGGACCCAGCACGGUACCAGUCUUUGCUCGAUGGACUCGUUUUACAGGGCUUGUACCAGCUGCUGGAAUCCAAGGUCGUUAUCCGAUGUCGCAAGGAGGACAUGCCACUUAUUAGGAAUUCGGUACAGAAAAAUAUUCCCAUCUACAAGGCGGCAACGAAAAGAGAUGUGGAGGUGGUCAUUGAUCAGGAUGGAUGCUUGGCCCCUGAGAUUGCUGGCGGUAUAGAGCUUUACAACGCAGAUGGCAAGAUCAAGGUGGUGAACACACUGGAAAGCCGGCUGGACCUCAUCGCCCAGCAGAUGAUGCCAGAAAUUCGAAUUGCUUUGUUUGGUGUGAACCCAAACCGCAAGUUCCUGGACUGAGUGAUGCCAUAUACUGCCCCCUAGUGUACAGAAAAGUGAAAUUCCUCAAUAUUAAUGUUCUUUCUUGUGUUUUUUUUCAGUUGUUGCAGUUUAUGAGCUUAGCAUGUUUUAUUUGUAUAUAGAAGUGGCCUCUGACAGGAUCUGUGAUCACAUUCCUAGAAUUUAAUAUAUAUUUUGUCCUCUAUGUUUUACAGUGAGUCUGAAGCCUCUUCUAUAAUGGAAGAAUUGAAUAUGUCAGGCUUUCCCUGUAGCUCUGGUCAACCCCCCCCCCCCCACAAAGCUUGUGCCUCCUAUGAAAGGGUUUGUGUACCAGCUUGUGUCAUCUGGUACCCUUAGUAAGGAGCCAUGUGGUCCAGAACAAGCUGUAGGACAGGUUGUGCCUUGUAAUAACAGCACCAUCUUCCUCCUUCAGUGCUUGUGUGUCAGUGUUCUGCCCUCGUGUUACAGGCCUGUCCCAGUCCAACCUUUGUGAUAGCAUCAAUCAUAUGUGAAUUUGCCUUUAUUUAUUGCAUUAACUGAAACUGUCUGAUCUGCUCCUUGUACUUGUCUAGAUGUGUUCACAAAGUAACUCAAAGCAAAUGGCUAAAAGAACUAACAAAAAAAAUACAGAUUGGAGAUUGGUUUGCUUAAAGUCAUACUAGACAUAUGAUGUUUAAUUGCCAUCAUCCCUUCUCUUUAUGUAUAAAGAUCCUGCCACUGUAUUUUAAUGUAAUAUAAAAAAAAA